AUGUCUACAUGCACAUUCCACCUAGUUUCGGACGAAAGGGGGAGUCUCGUGUCUGUAAACGGCCUGAAGCAAGCCUCAAGACAAUGGUUUUUGAAGCUCUCUACAGCUCUCAAGUCUGCCGGUUUUCAACAGUCUUGGUCAGAUUAUUCUCUCUUCGUCCGAAACACACCAGGUCACUUCACAGCCUUGUUAGUUUAUGUGGAUGAUGUUAUUUUGGCCGGAAGCAGCUUGAAAGCCAUCAUAGAGACAAAAGAGUUUCUUUCGAAGCAAUUUAAACUCAAGGACCUGGGGCAGCUUCGGUACUUUCUUGGAAUAAAGGUAGCAAGAUCUAAACAAGGGAUUGCCUUGUGUCAAAGAAAAUAUGCUCUGGAAAUUCUUGAAGAUACUGGAUUCUUGGGGGCUAAGCCUUCCCGAUUCCCACUUGAACAAAACCUAGUUCUUACACAAGGAGACGGAAGCUUAUUGAAGGAUCCAGCGCAGUACCGAAGGCUAGUAGGGAGGCUCAUCUAUCUCACCAUUACAAGGCCUGAUCUUGUGUAUCCUGUUCAUAUCUUGAGUCAAUACAUGGGCACACCGAGGCAGCCCCAUCUUGAGGCAGCGCAUAGGGUGCUGAGAUAUAUUAAACACACACCAGGACAAGGCAUACUCCUGCCUUCGACGGGAACAUUAGAGCUUAAGGCAUAUUGUGAUGCGGAUUGGGCUCGAUGUAAAGAUACAAGGAGGUCCACAACCGGUUACUGUAUUUUUCUUGGACAAGCACCCAUUUCAUGGAAAACCAAGAAGCAAAGCACCGUGUCAAGAUCAAGUGCAGAAGCAGAAUAUCGAUCCAUGGCCACCACUUGCUGUGAAGUAACGUGGCUGAGAAACAUACUCAAGGAUCUGAAUGUUGGACAUACACAACCGGUCAAGCUAUUCUGUGAUAACCAAGCUGCCAUCCACAUCGCUUCCAAUCCAGUGUUCCACGAGCGUACAAAACACAUUGAAAUAGAUUGUCAUGUUGUGCGUGAGAAGGUGCAAAGAGGACUAAUCAAAACAAUGCACAUCCGAACCAAGGAGCAACCAGCUGACUUGUUUACCAAACUGUUGAGCUCAAACCAGUUUACUAUGCUGCUGAGCAAGUUGAGAGUGAUCAACAUACACUCCAACUUGAGGGAGAGUAUUGAGGGAAAGAAUCCCGUGUAA